CACCCCUGCCCACAGUCCGCCGCGCGCCGUCGCGCUUACUGUACGUGGGGGUAUUGUCGCUCUUGUCGAUUCCACACAGCAUUAAUUUAGAACUGACCUGUGAACAAAUACAACCGUGAUUAAACGUUCUGUGCCGCAUAACAGUGAACUGAACUCGUGUGUCUUGUGUGUACAAAAAAAAAUACGUUGCAACAUAAUCUCUCCUAAACAUCUACGGCUAUCUUUGCGUAGGGGGCAUUCAAGAGAUUAACAGAAAAGGGUAACACAUAAUGAACAGUAGGGACGUUCAGUGAAGUGAAGUGUUACAUAGUGACGGUUCAGUGAUGUGAUGCCACCAUGCCGUCGGACAGCGGUACAACGUGGUCACCACCGGCGCCCAGCGAACGGAGGCUUAGCAACUCGUCUGAUGGCAGCGCAGGUAGCGGCUAUUCUAAAGCGACAACAGACAGUGCGGACUUUCUCGCGACGCGGCCGCACACAGCCGCUGUAAUACCGGGGAAGCCGGCAGCGAACCCGCUACAGUUCAUUAAAGUCGGUCCAGCAGACCUCGGCACGAGGGCAAGGGAACAGCUAAGACGAGCGGAACUCGCGAAGAGGACAGAGCCUGCUCGAAUCGAAAGGCAGGAGGACUGGCAGUCGAACUUGGACAACUGGAAGUCAUCGCGACGGAAGCGCGUCGAGCAUAUCAUAGAGCGUUGCGUGGAGGUGCGACGCUUCGAAAACGAAACGCACCAGCCGAGAGGCAAAUCUAAGACAUUUAACGAGAUGCUGGAAGAACGAGCUGGCCGGAGAAGGAGAAAUCCACUAGCAUUAUAUACAGAAGAUGAUGGCAAUGACCUGAGCGACUUGGGAAUCGGCACUUCUAGCACCAAGAGUAGCCUCAGCGAGGACUGCGAUACGCACAGCUUAGCCAGUGAUGGUAUGGAUCUUGAAAAAAAUCAUUCAGAUAUGGAAAAUAUAUCCAAUUGUGAUAACAAUCGCAAACUGGGCUCCAGUGCCAACGAAUACGACACUUGUACGACAACGACCAUCAGUUCUCCCGAGCCCGAGGAGUACACGUACGAAGGCGCUAUAGAGGGAUAUAAGUCGAGAAUAAUUUCACAAGCAAAUAGCAACAUUGCCAAAACAGCUGUUAAUAAUAAUUUUAAAGAAAAAUCACCAGAUAAAUCAAACGGUGACAUCAACAGAAUCAGAACGUCAAUAAGCAACAAAAUUGAAGAAAAAAUGUCUUCUUUUCAGCAAGAGAGAGCAAACGAUCUUAAGAAUAACAACAAGAAGGACUUACCUAAAGUGAACAUACAUCAACGAAGAGAACAGUUUGAACGAGAAAAUUCUCAAGAACCACAAAUAACAAAACCAAAAUUACCUGACAUGGCAAAUAAGAAGUCGAUAAAAGAAAGGCUAUCGAGCUUAGAAAAGUUUAAUGAAGAAAUGCAAAUUCAGAAGUCAACAAGUGAUUUAAGCAAGUUACCUGUCGAAGUAAAACCACUAAAGGAUAGGUUGUCUUCACUUGAAAAAGUAAAAUCUACGCCCGUAGAUCUAGACAAAACAAAAAGAAUGUCUAAUGGUGACCUCAGCAAUACCCGGUCGCUUAAAGAACGUUUAUCGAGUCUUAAAUCACAAACGUCAGAAGAGGAAAUCAAAGUGACAAAAACUGAAGUGAAAGAAGUCUCUAUGAGCCUUAAAGAACGUUUGUCAUGUCUUGAUGCAGCAAAAAAUAAGGAAAUACCAAAAAUAGCAAUCGAAGAAGCAAUUAACAAUAAAAUAAAAGAAGAUCGUGAUAACAAUGACCUUAAAGAAAAUUUGUCUGACAGUUCGCUCAAAAUGAGCUUAUCGGGAAUUGAAAAUCAAAUGCAAAGUUUCUGUCGCUCCCUCGAUAGCUUAGACAUAAAUGGUCAAUCUUCUCCUAAUUCAUUCGAGAGAGUUCAGAGUCUUGAAGAUUUUGAUUGCGCUGAAAUGCAAAAUAACACUGUUCAGAGUGACAUAGAAACCGAAGAUAGUGGUAUCCAUACCGCUAGAGACUCGUGUGCACCAGCUGACGAUAUUGCUGAUUUGACUCAAGUAGCUUCUCCUAUUGGAGAACCUAUGGCUGAAGUAUCUGAAUAUGACUCUUCAAACGAAGAUGGUGCCAUGACUCUAAUGCCUACCAAGAUUGAAGAACCCAUGGAAAUAAACUUUAAAGCUAAUCAAAGAACAAUAGAAGAUAUUAGCAUCCAAGAAAUGGAUGAACAAGAGAGUAAGGCUGACAGUGAUAGUGCUAGUAACUACGUUCAAGCAGUUUCUCAGCCAGAAGACUUUAGUGUCACCGAUGAAGUGACAGAAAUUCAGAUGGACAAAGAAGAUGAAGACACAUUGAAGAGUUUGGAUAACCAAGAUUCCAGUGUAAGUCUCAAUGAACCCCUGUCAACUACAUCGGAAGGCGACACGGUUGUAUUUGAGGGGAAGAUGACUAUUCAUUUGAACUUGAAUGAAAUUUGCAACAAUCUAAGCACUGGUGCUGGGAACAGUUCUAAUACUAAUAAAAUAUAUUCCAAUGACUCCACUAACAACAAAAGCAUGCCAAUGGUCAUUGACGCUUUAGAACUAGCGUUCCAAGAAUUGGAUUCGGAGGAAAGUGUCAACGUUACAAUGGAUAAUGAUAACAAGUAUAACGGAGACUACGCAGAGGGAAAUGUUGAUAAAGUUGAUAAUUUACUUGAUUUUGAUAUCGAGAAGAAAGUGUCUGUGACACCGUUGUAUGAAAAUAUUGAUAUAUUUAAUCAAAAUAGUAUUGUUGAUGUUGGAGCGUUCCCACUAGAUCUGCCCACAAAUGCUUUAGAACCACCAAAAGAAAAGCCUCCUCCGCCACCAAUGGAUGAUAGUCCUGAAGAUGAACUGCUUGGAAAUGGCAAUUUCAAACAUACAAGCUCAGCACGUCGUAUCAAGAAAGAGAUCCGAAACAAACGCACUAGUUUCCUAGGAAUUGAGGGACAAGUAGACGAUAGCUACUUAGACGUUGAUCUGAAACUAGCUCCGCGACCUGACAUCACCUCGUUUCUACAAGAGGAGACGAAGAUCGAGAAACUUCUCUACAAAAAGACGUUAUCCCAUGACAUGGACGCCAAGCUAAGAGACAGUCGAGAUUCAGGAGUGGAUAUAGAUAGAGGUCCGUCAGCUGAAGCCUGGUACAAAGGACAAUCUUCCCCAGAAACAUCUAACCCUCACAGUAGACAAAAUAGCGAGCCUUACACUCAAAUAACGGUAACGUCAGACGAAGAAGAAGCCACCAAAAGAAAUUCUGAAGUGUUCUCUAAAGCUCUAACAACGAAACUGACAGGCUUGACUGAGAACGGUGAAACUAAUGAGAACAAAAUAGAUCAUUUGGACAAAAAAUUACAACAGCAACAGGCGGCUCAAAUGUCUCGCACUAACGAGGAUUGGCCUGACGGGCUCUUUGACGAUGCUCAUACGAAGGAGGUACUGCGUUUCGAACGAGAACUACUCCAAUUAGAACAAGAAGAGCUUAAAAGACAACGCGAGAAUCUUCUAAGAGACCAGAACAGAAUAAUACAAAAGUCCGUUCAAGACAUUUCAACGGCGGGAGUUCCGGAGAAGCCGAUCAUUCACAGAGUGAAUAAGACUAAAAAUCAGAACUACAGACACUCGAUGCCAAAUCUUUUAGUCAGCGAGAAUUACGUGCCACCAGUCGUUGAGAGAAAAGUUAUCGACGAAGAGAUGAAGAGAAAACCAUUCGUGUCCGAGGAACAUAUUCAGAGCCACUUCGGUGUGGAAGAAAGUCGGAAAUUGUUGUUCAAUGAUAAGACAAAGUUCGCUGAGGUUCGGAGACCAGUGCCUAAUGUGAUGAGACCUCCGCAACCAAUUCUUCCCCCAAAACCAAGAAGUCGCGAUUCUAUUGAAAGGGAAAUUACGAUGAGGAGUAGUCGAUUACCAUCCGCGGUGGAGUACGUCAAUGUUGACCGGAAUGCUGUUCAGAUGCGUCAGAAGGCUGUCAACGGUAAUGGACAGUACCAUCCCAUGACCAGGCAUACGUUACAGGCUCUCAGCGCGGCUCCUACACCCAAAUUGAUUUCAAAUACAGACUGGAUGCAAACUCGCAACCAGAAGCCGAGGCAGAAACCAGCCAACUUCAACUACAACCAACAUUGGCUGAUACAGGAGGCGGAACAAAGGCGGCUUCAGGAGCAGCGCGCCCCGCGAGCCGCGCGCCCGCCCCCCGCGCACCUCUCGCACGCCAACCCGAUCAUCGGUCAACAUCUCGUGCCCCAAGAGAGACGCGUGCGACCAGAGCCGAUACCCAGGGCCGACAUGCCGCGCACCGCUGAACCCAGAGAGGACAAAAUGCUGAGCGUCAGUGGCCGGCGGAAAUGCUCACACUGUGGAGAGGAACUCGGGCGCGGCGCGGCGAUGAUCAUCGAGUCGCUGUCGCUGUGCUACCACGUGUGGUGCUUCUCGUGCGCGGUGUGCGGCGCCGCGCUGGGCGACGGCCGCGCGGGCGCCGACGUGCGCGUGCGGGCGCGCCGCCUGCACUGCCACCACUGCUACUCCUCCGACGACGGCUCCAAGUACUCCUGCGUGUAGCCGCCGGUCGCUCUCGCUGCUUCCUUCCGACCUAUGUCCAUGUUGCGAGUGAGAGAUCAACUUCCGGGCCUAAUCGUGUUUAUCCUUGUGUCGACUGUGAAACAGAAGGAAACUGAUAAAUAUAUUAUAUAUUCUAAAUAUUAUAUCUGAACAAGUUACGUCGAAGUUUCCUCCCAACUUUUAUCCUUACCCGAUACCGCACCGGAUCCCCUCCGCACGCGUGUGACGUCCCGCGUGCGCACGAGACUCGUCUCUGGCCUCAGCGCGCUCUGAGCCCAUUAUUGCACGCUUUCGUUUGCCCCCCCCCACCCCGAGGCCGUGUCGUAGACUCAUUCGGUACUAUAUUUUGGUCAGGUUGGAAAGAGUACUUUUUGUGCACGCAAAAUAUUUUCUCUUGAUCGAAAAUACUAAAUUUUGCGUCCUCGAGGAACUCUUUUCAGCCGUCGACUACGACACUGUCCUUGAGAUUUUCAAUAAAUCCUCCCAACUCCUAUACCUUGUUCCGUAUUUGAAUAUUAUAUUUGCACGCCUAUUUGAAAUCAUAACCUUUAUAUUUUAACUGUAACUGAAAUUAUCACGUGGGUUUAUCCCUUUGAACUUUAGAUCACCAAUAUCACUCGUCUGAAUCGUUAUGAGAAACAAAACAAUUUUUUAUAUAACUUUGAUUAAUAUCAGCGGAGCUAUUCUGUAAAAUAACGUUUAUACGUAAUUACUAUGCGUCUGUUUGUAACUUUCUGAUAUUUCACGAUAGUUUUGUUUCGAGCCCUCAUAGAAUAUCUCUACAAGUUUACGGUCUAUUUAAAGUAUCGAAUUGACAACCUUUUUUUGUAGAUUUCUUUCUUAGAAUAUUAUUUUGAAUUUCACUUAUAUUGUGCCAUGCAGUGACUUCUUAAUACUUAAUCCCUUUGAUUCGUUUUAUCUUUAAUGUUAAAGAAUAUAACAAUUGUAACUAAUGAAAAGGAACGUAUUCUAAAUACAUAGAAUUUUGUAUAAUUUUGUAAAUAAUUUUUAAUUUAUGUUAGCGUGUGUUAAUUUAGCUUUAAUAGUUAGUACAUUAGCGUUAAGAGAACAUUUAAUCCAAAAAUGAUUAUUGUUUUUAUUAUUGUAUAUUAAUGAUUUUCAUUCGUAUGUUACUCUAACAUUAUUUGUUUGUGAAAUUCUUACGUUUUUUAACAUAAAUAUAAAUGUGAUUAAUUAUUAUUUUCCUUACGUUAUAAUUAUGUUAAAUUUCGAUGUUCAUUGUCGAUCACCCUGUACAUUGUGUAUGUGAGCUACAACUGUAUAUCAAUAAAAUAUUACGAACUUUA